AUGGCUGCCAGCGUUCAACCGAUUCGUGAACUUCACUUCGUGGCCGUCAGCGGUCGAAAGUCGCAUUCAAGCUCGGACAAGAAAGAACGCAGCUCAGUACGUGCGUUUGUGAUGCGAGACUACCUGAGGCAGAAGAGCGACCCAACAUGGAGCUUUACUCCGGCCAAGGUUGGUGAUCAGAUGAGGUCGCACCUAUCACGCUUUCGAACAAGCUGGAGCGCAUCAGCAGCGCGGCCGAGGAAGAGAAAGAUAGCAACGGCUUGGCAGCGAGGAAGUGAGGAGAGAAGUAGGACUCCACGUCCACUGAUUCCUGCACCUGGUGUCGCGGACGACCGAAGCUCAACACGCUCAUCACUCCACGAUCUAGACAUGACGGAUCCCUUCUGCACGUUGGAAGUCGAUCUUUCGGACUCGGAUACUCAAAACCUUCUCCAGUACUAUCAGACUGCGUUUUGGGCCAACUCGUACGCUUGCAAUCCCGAAGCCAAGUGGAUUUCCGUCGCGCUGAUGGAUCCAGCCAUCAUCCACGCCACCCUGAGCUUAGUGGCGAUCCACCGAAGGGAUUGCUUCUCAGUCGACCUGUCGAAUGUCUACUUCAAGCAUAGAGGCGAGGCCAUGAGGAUCGUUGCCCGCAGGUUGAGUAACCUGAGGGAGUCACUCAGUGAUGAGACCAUUGGCGCGGUGGCGCUGCUUUCCAGCUCGGACAACCAUUUCGAGUGGUCCUCCGAGACCCAAUCGGCGCACUCUCAGGCGUUGAGCCAUCUCAUCGCAAUGCGCGACGGCAUGGGGAUGUUGACCUCGAAUCGACACAUUCAGAGGGUGGCAGGAUGGGCUGACCUGCUCCAGUCCGCCAUGCAUGGAACAUGCCUCCAGGUUGAAAUGCCAGCCGUUGUGCAGGAAGCCUCGGCCGAAGAAAUCGACCCAGGUGUUAGUGGUGAUGAACUAGGCGAGCUGCCCACGGGAAUCGUGCUGCAAGAUCUGCCUCCAGAUGUAGGCGACAUGAUUCGACAACUCCGGAUCCUGUCGUCACUGAAAGUCUCUCUGCUGAUGAAGCGCAAUGUAGAGUUGUGUCGUAUCUUCAGCAACCUGCUUUGGAAGCUCGAGUACUCCAUUCUGAAUCGCUCGGAAACCCCCCAGCUCGACAUUGGGACAAGGACAAGCUCACGCAAUGACAACUUCAAACAGGAUCUUACGUCCAAAAUCAUUGGCAUUGGAUCGCUCAUCUUCUCCUACCUGACUCUUCGAGACCUUGCAGCCCCCAUUGUGUACAAGAGGCUCUGCGGCCGGUUGCAGGGACAUCUGGGAACCUUGCUCGUCUUCCUUGAACAAGAGGGUAGUAUCAGCGUGGAAGAGGACAGACUCGCCGUCCUCUUAUGGUCACUCUUCCUCGGGUGGCGAGCUUCGAACAAGGACGCCGAACGGCAGACUUGGUUCACGGAUCGACUUGCCCAAAUCUGCUGGCGACACGGGAUACUUUCCUACGAGACGGUAAGGGCAAGGAUCCAAUCGGUGAUUCCUCAGGCUCACGAACUGGUGCGUGUUCGGGAGGAGUUUUGGGCUCAGAUAGAAGGUGUGAUCUGGUCGGAUAUGCUCUCGCUCGAAAAUGUGGAUUUUGUGGCCGCAUAA